AGAUCGGACGGCCGGAUCCGCCUCCCCCCCGCGCCGAUCCGACGGCGGAGGACGCCCCCGCGAGCCCUAUAUCUCCCUCUCCCCUCCCCCCGCACUUGCCCUUGCCUCCACUCGGCUGUCGCCGCCGCCUAAACCCUUCCCCGUCUCGCGCCCUCCUCCUCAGUUUGGAACGAUGGCAUUGGCUAAUAAGCUUGGUGGCCUGCUCAAGAAAGCCACUAGCUCAAAUCCUUCUAUCUAUCAAGCAAUCAGAUGCAUGUCAUCAUCUAAGCUCUUUGUUGGAGGGCUUUCUUAUGGCACUGAUGAUCACAGUCUCAGAGAUGCCUUCGCGAAUUAUGGCCAGGUUAUUGAAGCUAGGGUUAUCAUGGACCGUGAGUCUGGAAGAUCCAGAGGUUUCGGCUUUGUAACUUACACAUCAUCCGAGGAGGCUUCAGCUGCCAUCACUGCCAUGGAUGGAAAGGAUCUCCAUGGAAGGAACAUACGGGUUAACCAUGCUACUGAGAGGACAGGUGGCUUCCGGGCCAGUGGCGGCGGUGGUUUUGGUGGUGGGGGCUAUGGCGGCGGCGGCGGUUUUGGUGGUGGGGGCUAUGGCGGUGGUGGCGGCGGUUACGGUGGCAGCGGAGGGUACGGUGGGGGCAACUAUGGCAACAGGGGUGGCGGUGGCGGCUAUGGUGGUGGUGGAGUUGCAGGUGGAGCUGGGGGCAAUUUUGCUGCUGGAGGCGGCGACAGCUUUGGCACCAACUUCGGUGGUGACAGUGGGUUUGCUGCUGGUGGAUUUGGCGCUGCCAGUGGCACUGGUGGUGAUGAGUUCACUGCUGGUGGCAGCUUCAGCAGCAACAAGAAUGACGAAAUCAUGGAGGAUAUGUUCAAGGAUGAUGAGUCGGACAACUACGCCGACAAAAGGGCCUAGUUUUUGUCCUCCAAGCUACCCUAGCAUACCAGUAAAAAUGAGGUGAAUGAUCAUCUGGAUGAGAUUCCAGGACAAUCUGUAGUGCCUGGUGUUUUUCUGUUAGCUUUAUAGGUCUCUUCUGACUAAAUAAUGGAACGAGGCACUUUGUGUUGAACAGACCAUCGAAGUGUGCUUUAUUUUGACUUGCUCUGUUGCCUGUUUGCGCCUCUGGCAAACGAUGGCUGUUUCAAGGUCUUUUGGUAGUGCUCUGAAAUUCUGUUUGCUAGAAUAGGCAAAAAAAAAUUAUAUUAGAGUUGCAACCAAAUACUCAAGGUUGAGCUUGUAGGUGAA